UUAUUUAGUGAGUCUUUGUUAGAGUAUCCAAUAUGGGGGAAGCAAACAGAAGUUGCCUUUUAACAAACAUAGCACCGCUGGACUAAUUAAUCGGUCUUGUUUAGGUAGUCAAUCAAAUCUAUUAAUUAUAUUCAUUGGAAGUCGAUGUGCUAAAAAAUUUACACACUCUCGUUGCUUCUCAUUUUUCUAAUGAUUCAUAUACUGCACGACCAUAAUAACCUAUACAACAAUCGGUGCGAUCGUUUCUGCUUUUAAUUGCUAUUCAAUUUCUUUUUUUUUUUACCUUUGGUUGUUUAUAAUAAAUUCUUGUUUUCAUUGAAUAGCAACUAAAUUUAUAUUGAUUCUUGCUGGGUUUUCUUUGUUUUAAAGCGGUGAAAACUAUGAAACGAAGUCCCGGCGGAAAUAAUGGCCUAAUAAGUGAAACAAAAGAUGAACAAGAAUCUCCCCCUCGUUUCUUCUUUGAAGAAGAAGGAGAACCUCCAGCUUCUUUCGUAGGAACAAUGGGUAAUCCUGAGGAUACGCAGGAAUCGGUUAAUAAAGACGAUGUGGAAGUAAAAUCUCCUAAUCCCUUUGAGUCAAGUAUAUGGUCAAUAUUGGGUGAAGAAGUUGUAUCUAAAAGUACAAUGAAAGAUCUUUACGAAGCCUCUAAUGGAGAUGUAGAAACCGCUAUAAACGUUUUCUACGAUAAUUCCUUAAAUGGAACUUUAACUGAAAAUGUUGGAACAUCUCCUGCGUUGCAAAGUUCUGAACAGAAUGAGUCCGCUAGGAGACUAAAAGAGAACGAGACUCCGACGUCUGAGAUGGAUGACUUUCCUAUUUUAACUACGCAGUCUAAACAUAAUAAUACUUCACGACCCUCACCUAGGAAUGCUUCUCUUACAUCCUUUUCAUUUUUAACUAAAUCUAAUCGAGUUCGCAAAUACAUUGGCUGCUUUGGUGUCGAAGCGUAUUCAGUUGUAUCCGGAUCUAAUAUUUUACAAGCUGGUGAACGUGUGUAUCUUGAACGGCAAAAAGCUCCUACGAAAACUCAAUAUCGGAGUUCGAGAAAGCGUUCAAAGACUAACAAUUCAUCAGGUUCAACAUAUACCAACUCUAUACGAUUCUUUAAUGCUGAUCACAAAGAGAUUGGAAAGCUUCCUUCAGAGAAUGCUCAGGUGUUAUGUACUUUGAUGUCUCAAAAGCUGUGGUCUUUCGAAGCGAGUUGUAUUUAUGCUGAUGAUUUCCUACAUUUAGGAAGCAAUGUUACACUUCAGAUUUAUUGUUUUCUUGAUAUUUCUCACACAUCGUUAAACCAAUCUCCGUUUUCGGCGAAAACUGGUUUCAUUGAAGAUGACCCAGCUGCUUUUAUAGAUACCCAAAACAAAAGAGACCAUUUACUUCGUUUACUUAGUUGGAUAGCAUUAGAGCCUUAUACUGAGAAUUCUGCUGCAGGAUCAAACGUGAAAAUAAACGAUCUUUUGUUAUCCUCAUCAUCCUUAGCAAAUACGGCGGUUUCUGAAAACUCCACUUCUGAUGUUGCUGAAGAUGAUGAUAUUGUUAGUGAACAGUUAAGUACCCUAUACGAUCGGACUCGCUUAAACGAAGCAAAUCUCCCUUCUCAUCCUAUUCCUGAAGGAUUCAAUCUAGAUUUACGAGAAUACCAAAAACAGGCACUUUAUUGGAUGUGUCAAAGAGAAAAGGGUGAUGCUGAAUCAGAAACAUCUUCAAACCUGCAUCCACUAUGGAGUCAAUUUUUGUUUCCUACGGACCCUGGGUUGUCUCCCGAAGAUUAUAAUUUUACUAGGGACGAACAACCCCAUCGUUUUUUCGUAAAUCUCUAUACUGGUGAUAUUACGUUAGUUUUUCCUUCAAUGACCCCUUAUCAUCGUGGUGGAAUUUUAGCUGACGAAAUGGGUCUGGGAAAAACUAUUGAAAUGCUUGCCUUAGUUCAUGCUAGGAGAAGUUCCGAUAUUGUUGAGAAACCAGUAGAAAAUUAUCCUUUCUCUAAUAAUCUUCCUAAAGCAGCGAAGACGACUCUGGUAGUGGCACCCAUGUCUUUGUUGGAUCAGUGGCAAUCCGAGGCAGUGAAAGUUUCUGGUGCUAACUCAUUCAAAAUAUUGGUAUAUUAUGGUUCAGAUACUUCCAUAAAUUUGCAAAGUCUUGCUGCUACCAAAAGCGCUCCCGAUUUGGUUAUUACUAGCUAUGGCGUUUUACUUUCAGAGUCUUCCAACACGUCUGAUACGUGUGGGUUGUUUUCUGUUCACUGGCACCGGGUAAUUCUGGACGAAGGUCAUUCAAUUAAAAAUCCGAGCAGUAAAACUGCCAAAGCAUGUUAUGCAAUAUCAGCUCAGAAUCGAUGGGUAAUUACGGGAACGCCAAUCGUUAACAAAUUGGAUGAUCUGUACAGUAUAAUCAAAUUUUUACAGAUAGAACCAUGGUGCAAUUAUAAUUAUUGGCGUACAUUCGUUAGUGUACCAUAUGAGGCAAAGGACAUACUAAAAGCCUUGAAUGUGGUGCAAUCUAUCCUUGAACCACUCGUUUUACGAAGAACAAAAGAAACGAAAGACAUCAGUGGAAAUCCUAUAGUUUCCUUGCCCGAUCGCACAAUUGAUACCAUAUAUUUGGAUUUCUCAGAAGCAGAACGGCGAAUAUAUGAUUCCUUAUAUGUGAAAGCGAAAAGCAGGGUUCAUGAAAGUAUUGCUACAGGGACGUUGUUUAAGAAUUAUACCGCGAUUUUAGGUUUACUAUUGCGACUUCGACAAGCUUGUUGUCAUCCUUUACUUUUGCCCAAAGCGGUUGAAAAAAAAGACAACGAAGUAGAACAAGAUAUUAACUCAAAUGAAUUGCAUGAAUUAGUUUGGAUGUUUGCAUCGAAGAAAACAUCGGUCCCGGAUUAUAUUAGAGAAAUACCUGACAUGGAUAGUUUAAAUACUCUCGCUCCAGAAUGCCCAAUUUGUUGUUCUGAACCCAUUCAAAACCCUGUGGUAUUAAAAUGCAAACAUGUCUGUUGUCGGGGUUGCUUAAAGGAUCACAUAGAAUACCAGAAAAAGAGGGAUAUAUCUCCUCCACUUUGUCAUACUUGCCGUCAGCCUUUUGAAGCAGACGAUGUGUAUGAGCCACGAGAAAUCUCAUCUACAGGUCUUACGCUGAAGGAUAAAAGUUUACAGUGGAAUCAUUGGAACCGAUAUCAGUCCAUCAAAGUAUUAGUACUUUUGGAGUACAUUCAAAAAGUACUGAACAAUCCUUCCUCCGAUAAGAUUGUCAUUUUUUCGCAGUUUACUGGGUUUUUGGAUUACAUAGGGGAAAUUUUCAAUACACUGCGAAUAAAACACUCUCGAUUCGACGGCAGAAUGUCUCAGGAACAAAGGUCUAUGUCAUUAGAACAAUUUCGUAAUGAUCCAGAAAUCAAUGUUCUCAACAUAUCGCUCAAAGCUGGUGGGCUUGGUUUGAACUUGACUUGUGCAAACCAUGUAUUGAUGAUGGAUCCUUGGUGGAGCUGGUCAGUGGAAUCUCAGGCCAUUGACCGUGUUUAUCGUUUGGGACAAGAAAAGCAGGUUGUUGUAACUCGUUUUAUCGUUCGAGACAGCGUGGAGGAAAGAAUGUUGAAGGUUCAAGAACGCAAAAAAUUUAUUGCGGGAACGCUUGGGAUGUCCAAGGAAGAACAACAAGUUCAAUCUUUGGAAGACAUACAGACUUUGUUUGCGUAAGCAAAGGCUUGAAGGUUGUAUAUUAUUUAUUCGUACUAUAUAAAAAGUUUUUGGGAAAUCAAGGUUUACCACAAGAUGGAACUUUGGUAGAAGAUACAGGCUUUCUUUAUACUAUUUAUGUAUUUAUAGACCUGUGAUAAGUCAAUGUUUAGCAAAAUGGGUAUAGAG